GCGCCUGACUGCCGGCCCCGCAUCAGCAGCGUCUCGGCAGCAUCCUGGGAAUCGCAGGCGAUCACAUGAGCCUGGAUUUCCAGCUCUGUUCAUUAGUCAGCCAUUUUGGUCGCCACCCUGCUCCCUGCGCACAGCCAAUCCCGGCGGCACUCGCUGCCGGGCUGCGCCGGGAGACGGGAGCAGCGCUCGCCGCUCGGCCACCGGGACGCUGCCUCUUCGCUCGUCCUUUGUUUUUUUUCUGGGGUCAUCACCAGAGGAAGACACUGUUUUUUGAUUCUGCUGGCUCUUUAUUUUUUCCUUUUUAUUUUUUACUUGUUUUUCCCUGCUGCCUCUGGUGGAGAAGCCAGGUUUUUGUGGAUGCUGAGGAUCAAUAGCCUCUAGCAAUUGCUGGAGACGACGGCAGUCGGUGGAAAGGAGGGAGGCAGAGCUAAGCGGGAAGGAGCAGCGUUUUUACCUUGCUUGAUCUAUGAAAAGGCCAGAGCAGCCUCUGUGAUCCUGAGCAAUCUGUCCUUUAAUCGCAAGGUAUUUCUGAUUUUCUUCUUCAGAAAGGUUUUGUUUUUAGUCCUUAUUUUGCCCCCGUUGUUGUUGUACCAGCUGAGUCAUCAUGUCUGCUCUGACGCCUCAAAGCGACAUGCCAACCCCCACCACAGACAAGAUCACUCAGGCUGCCAUGGAGACCAUCUAUCUUUGCAAAUUCCGCGUGUCCAUGGAUGGAGAGUGGCUGUGCUUGCGCGAGCUGGAUGACAUCUCGCUGACACCCGACCCCGAGCCUACCCACGAAGACUCUUGGGAGGAUUUGACAGAUGUGGUGGAGCAAUUGCGCGAUGAUUCCGAAGACCCCAAUUACCUCAUGGCCAACGAGCGCAUGAACCUGAUGAACAUGGCCAAGCUGAGCAUCAAGGGGCUGAUCGAGUCCGCGCUGAACCUGGGCCGCACGCUGGACUCGGACUACGCCCCCCUGCAGCAGUUCUUCGUGGUCAUGGAGCACUGCCUCAAGCACGGCCUCAAAGCCAAAAAGACUUUUCUUGGGCAAAAUAAGUCAUUUUGGGGACCUCUAGAAUUAGUAGAAAAACUUGUUCCUGAGGCUGCAGAGAUUACAGCAAGUGUUAAGGAUCUUCCAGGGCUCAAGACACCCGUGGGCAGAGGAAGAGCUUGGCUUCGCCUGGCUCUGAUGCAGAAGAAACUUUCAGAGUACAUGAAAGCCUUGAUUAACAGAAAGGAUCUUCUCAGUGAAUUUUACGAGCCCAAUGCACUGAUGAUGGAGGAGGAAGGUGCCAUCAUUGCUGGCCUCCUCGUAGGGCUGAAUGUCAUCGAUGCCAACUUCUGCAUGAAGGGAGAGGACCUGGACUCCCAGGUCGGAGUUAUUGAUUUCUCCAUGUAUUUGAAAGAUGGGAACAGCACGAAAGGCAGCGAAGGAGAUGGUCAGAUAACUGCUAUUUUGGACCAGAAGAACUAUGUUGAAGAGCUCAACAGACAUCUAAGUGCUACAGUAAACAACCUGCAGGCCAAGGUGGAUGCCUUGGAGAAAUCCAACACAAAGCUGACAGAGGAGCUUGCAGUUGCCAAUAACAGGAUCAUUACACUGCAGGAAGAGAUGGAGCGGGUUAAGGAGGAAAGCUCCUACAUCCUGGAGUCCAGCCGGAAGGCCACCAAGGACAGAAGUGCUGACGGGCAGGCACUGACUGAGGCACGGAAGCAGCUCAAGGAGGAGACUCAGCUGCGCCUGGAUGUGGAGAAGGAGCUGGAGGCACAGAUAGGGAUGCGCCAGGAGAUGGAGCUGGCCAUGAAGAUGCUGGAGAAGGAUGUCUGUGAAAAGCAGGAUGCGCUGGUGGCACUCAGGCAGCAGCUGGACGAUCUCAGGGCUCUAAAGCAUGAACUGUCUUUCAAGCUGCAGAGUUCAGACAUGGGAGUGAAACAGAAGAGUGAAUUAAACAGCCGCUUGGAAGAAAAAACAAAUCAGAUGGCUGCCACCAUCAAACAGCUGGAACAAAGUGAAAAGGAUUUGGUGAAACAGGCAAAAACCUUAAAUAGUGCAGCAAACAAACUGAUCCAGAAGCAUCAUUAGAUAUUUUUAUGUCUGGCCACCUCACAGCUCUGACAUCAGACUCAUUUAUGAGGAGAGAACUUGAGAAUUGCUAAAAGCAACUGUUCAAAUGUUAAUUGUCACCCAAAGUUGAUUUGGAAUUUGCCGAGUUUUUAAAAUCAGUGAGUUUUUCUGCCAAGAUGUAGUCAGGUAUAAGGAUCCCCAACCCUGCCAUUUACCAGUACCAAGGAGCUGGCCCGGGAGCGUCCCAGGAGUGGCCGAGGUGGCCGUGCCCGGCUGCUGCUGUCACCGCCUGUGGCAGCACGGGGCCGUGGCCAGCUCGGGACAGUCAGCUCCUUCUCUGUAUUGCCCUUUUGUGAAGUAGAUGAGAAAUGCAUCCCUGGAAGUUGUUGACAGUAGUUGUGUGCGUGCCCCAAGCCAUUCCCUGUUCUCUUCUGUUCCGUGGGUCCAGCCCCGAGUCCGAGCCGAGCAGGCGCGACGCUGGCCUGGCACCGGGAACACCGGCCCUCCCAUAACCAGCCUGCCUGGAUUCUGCCUUAGGGACCUGGGGGGAGGGUGGGGACUUAUCCUUAUUCCUUUAAACUUCAUGUGUCCAGAAUUAGUAGCUAUAGGUGUCUUAGAGUAACACGAUAGAGUGGUAAGUUCAGUGGAAACCUCCUUCUCUUUGCAUUGCUUCUACCUCUGCCAGGAAUCCCUCCAGAUGAACCCUGUGGUCCUUCCUGACCCAAGGAAGUGGAGGAGAGGUGUUUUGGGAGGUCUCUCCCCUUCCCAGAAAGGGAAGUUACCAGUUUUAUAAAAAAUAAUCUGAUCUUUGUUUAAAGGAAGCAAAAACACAUUCAAAAAAAGGAGAAGGAGCCCAGUGUGCAGCAGUGGGGAGUGGAGAUGGAAAUUUGGUCCUUGCAGUUUACUUGUCCAAGUAUUUGGUGGCUGAAAAGAGUUGCCUUUUACACUUGUUGCAUUUUCUUGUGAGUUUGCUUUGCUCAAAACAAAUGGAAUUUGCUAACGGAACAAGAGCUAAAGCUUAGAAAUGCCUCUUAAUAGGAAAAAUAAUUGUCAGUUUAAAACCCAGGUGCAAAAUCUGAAGUAACUGUAGCUUGAACUAUUAUAAACUAACAUUCUCUGAUCACUGAAGUUCCUGUGCUGGCCUCUGGCAGGUUUUAGGUUUGUAAGUGCUCCUCAAGGUAUUUUCUCUUUUGGAAGGUUGGAUUUGGGGAGUUUCUGUGUCGAGUAAGGGUUUUUUGCUGUGGUGAGAUGCCUGUAGUGGUUCUUUGGUGCCAGUCCUCCCUUUGACCUGUGGGACAGUGCUCCUUAGGGCUAUGGCUGGCAAAUGUGACAAGCCCAGGAGGGAACACCUCAUGUUUCAAAAUUCCAGGGGGCUCAGCCUGGACCCCAUGAAGGUGAGCAUGGACCACUGUGGGCUUUGUUCUCCAGGCUCCCAGCACAGCCCUGCUGGGAACUUUCCUGCUAUGCCCAAGCUGCAUGCUUGAACCUAUAAACUCACCCCUCAGUAACCUGCUACUAGAAACUCAUCCUAACUCCCUGCAGAACAAGUAAUCCUAAGGGAAAGGUGGAAGCUUUGAUCAAGGAGUGUGAACAGCUGGUUAGGGUGGGAAGCCCCUGCCCCUUGGCACAGUUCUGCUGUAGGAACAGGGGGUUGGAUGGUGAGAUCUGUGCUGCAAUCAGACAGAUUUAAGGAUCUGGCUGCUUCUGAUGUCAGGCCCCAAGUGGCAAUGGGGUGGUGUACUGAUGCUUGGGGCUUGAGCCCAAGUGUCCAUCCAUGGGAGAGACCAGGAAUAUGCACUAAUUCUCAAUAGAGUAGCUACUACCUAUGUUCCAAGUUCCAGUUACCUGUGCAAAGCCAAAAUGUAACGUACAUUAAACUCCAAUUGGACUUAAAAUUCUGUGUACUUGAGGUUUGCUUCGAAUCUGGAUAAAAGUGAUGUUUUCUGUUUCUCAUCUAAUGGCUGUAAACUGUAGUGAUAGAAUAAAAACUAUUGAAAAUGA